AUGUCUAGCCCCGUUAGGGGCCCAGUUAACGCGUUCAAUAUCUAUGGUGUCUAUGGCCUGCCUAUGUCUCUUGUCAAUAAGAGGUUGACUAAGAAUCCUACCAUCCGUGAUUACUCUUCUAUACCAGACAAGGCCCCAACUCCGCCCACCCCUCAAACCCGUUGCUUUCCACAUCCCCUGUAUCCUUUGGAAUACUGGAAGACUUUCGCAACCACAAAACGCGAAACAUGCAUAUAUCUGAUGAGUCUUAAGUCUGGAACGUCGGAUGUUGACGAUCGUCGGUCUUCCAUUAAGGAUACGUACUACUGGAGGUGUGAGGCCAUGUUCUGGUUGUCAAAAUCGCGAUACAAGGAGGGAAGGCGCCGGAAAAUUUCGGAUCCAAAUUAUUGGAGAUGCGAGGCUGAUUUUUGGAGAGACAAUUGUACAUGUACUUUGGAGGAAGAUCAAGCCAAUCGCAUGAAUAUACAAGAUCCCGAAUACUGGAAAUGCGAAAGCGGGUUUUGGAAAUCUACUUGCCGAAAAAUCCACGAGGAUGCCCGUUAUGACGGCAUCGACGACCCAAAAUAUUGGGAGUGCGAGAAUAUGUUUUAUGAGGAGCUUUUGCGACCCCUCAUCGAUCCUGACUUUCAAAAGCCAAGUUAUCACGAAACCCUGUUGCGGGCCAAUGGCUUCAUAUACGACUCCGACGGCGCCGACGACUCUUCGAAAACCCCGCCUCGCAGAAGCGCUCGACUUGUGAAAUUGCAUCAAAAAGUUGCAGCGAAGGAUGCCGCACCACAAUAUGUAACGACUGUCCCAACCGACGAAGGUCGUACGAAGAAAAGGAAAAAAGACCAACAGACUGCCACAACCAACAAGAAGAGAAAAUCUUCUAGUUGA